AUGCACCCUCUCUAGGAUUCAGGUAUGUUGACCAUGGGAGAAUUUCCUGUUUCACUUCCCUCUUGUAGGGAAAAACUCAGUUUUUCCUUUGCUCUCUCACCACAACAAUAAUCAACACAGAAGACUGCUAUGAUCAAAUGUGUGGAGGUUUUUCCUCACCAAAAAGCAAGCAAGCGGUCCUGCAGCAGACACCAGCUGUGCAUUCUCAUUCCGUCUCUACUCUGUCUACCUGGAGAUAGCCUGAGAUCCUACAGGUUGAGGGUUCAGUCCCCAAGACUGCCCCCACCCUGCCCCAUUUCUGAUGCUAGUUGCAAGCCCCAGGUUAUUUUGCCUGUGCUUCUGACCGACUGGCUCUAAAUCAGGGUUCCCACAACCCCUCCUUGGGUCAAUUAAUUUGCUAGAAUGGCUCACAGAACUCAGGGAAACACUCAUGUUUACUAGUUUAUUACAAAGGAUAUUUUAAAGGCUACCAACAGUCAGAGGAAGACAGACAAAGGGCAAGGUCUGGAAGGGUCUGGAGCAUGGGGGCUUUUGCCCCCAUGGAGUUGAGGUAUAUCCCCUCCCUGCCCGCAAAUGAGCUCUUGUUCACCUUCCUGUUGGUCUCGAUGUGUUUAGCUUCCGGGAAACUUUCUAAGCCCUGUCCUUUUAGGGUUUUUUUUUUUUCCUGGAAGCUUUGUGAUUGAUUAAAUCAUUGGCCAAUAGUGAUCACCUAAGCCAUCAGCCCCUCUCCCCACCUCCAAGGUUGGGCUGGGCUGAAAGUCCCACCCCUCUAAUCCUGCCUUGGGCUCUCCAGUGACCAGCCCCAUCCUGAAGCUACCUGGGCCAUCAGCCAAUCACAAGCAUAAAGAAAGAACUCACUUUGGAGAUUCCACAGAUUUUACUUGUAUGCCAGGAGCGGGGGUUGAAGACCAAAUAUAUAUUUCACAAUAUCACGUCCCUUGUCUGCAAUAACUUUGUCCCAACGAAUCCCGUGUUUGGCAGAAGGUUUAGGCACACCUGAUGGUAUUCAGGGUGUGUGUGAGUGGAGCCGCAGAUCAAAGGCCAUCAGCAAAAGCAAGCAGCACCUCAGAAGGGAGCCCGACCUCUCCCGUGGCUCCCACCCAUGUGGGCUGAGGCUCAGGUUUUUUUAGACUUUAGAGGGAGAGAAUGUAUCCUGUCAUUAAGACUCAUUUAUCCCAGAUCUAUCCUGAUUCCUAUGUACAGCAUGUCAGGUGGUACUAAAUUGUAGCAUGUUAAAAAGUGAGAUAGAGGCUGGGCACGGUGCCUCACGCCUGUAAUCCCAGCACUUUGGGAGGCCGAGGCAGGUGGAUUACUUGAGAUCAGGAGUUCGAGACCAGCCUGGCCAAUAUGGCAAAACUCCAUCUCUACUAAAAAAAUAGCCAGGUGUGGUGGUGGGUGCCUGUAAUCCCAGCUACUCAGGAGGCUGAGGCAAGAGAAUCUCUUGAGCCCUGGGGGGGCAGAGGUUACAGUGACCCGAGAUUGUGCCAUUCCACUUCAGCCUGAGCAACAAGAUCGAGACUCCGUCUCAAAUAAUAAUAAUAAUAAUAAUAACUUAAAAAGUGAGAUAGAAUUCAUUUCUCCACAAUGAAACGUAGACAUGGAUUACUGCUGGUGGACCUCCUGACAGUAGUGCCACGGAUGCAGGAUCAUUUGCAGAAACUUGAGGAUGUCAUUGACAUCAACCACGCAAUUCUCGCUCUGAUGAACUUGCUAUAUGACCCCGACACAUUGCAUGUUAUGUUGUAUUUGCACCAGGCUGCAUGUGAUGUAAGGCUGGUUCUGCUCUGAAGCAUGACUUGGAGCUAACGUUGGAAUAUAUUGUCCAGUGUUCUGAUCACCUGUAACAUUUUUUAACAAGAUUAAUGAAUCCUCCCUUUAAAGACAAGAUGCAGAGUAAAAAGGAACAAAGCUCUUGGGUCCUGCGGAAGUUCUCAUUUGUUCAUUCCCUAAACCAUCAUUGGGUGCUGACUCUGCACCCUGCACUACCUAUGGGGAGGCAGAGAGAGCAGCCCAGGGCUGGUGGGGUGGGCAGAGAUGGUGGUGACAACCGCAGGGUCCGGGGAGCUGUGGUGCUGCAGAGUAAGCCUGGUUAACAGCAAGAAAGGGCCUUCUAGGUGCAAGGGCAGGAAAGGGCCCAGGUCCUCCAGGCUCCAGCCCCAAGGGAGAUGGGGUCCCUGAGGUCUUCCCGGCACUUCCCCUUGGGACCACUGCCCCCAAGUGCUGGUUAUGGUUUGUCCCUGAGCCCCACACCUCUCAUCUCGAAUUGCCCACGGUACAGUUUAUUGAGCACCUGCUCCGUGCCAGGCAUUGGCGCAGGUGCCGGGGAUGUAGUCAGUGAACAGGUCACGCCCUGACCCCUGGAGUUUUGCCCUGUGGAGCAGACAGACAUCAGACAAGCAGAUUUUAAGACAGUAGGUCAUGUUCAGUGCCAAGAGGACAGUAAGCCAGGGACGGGGACCAAUGGGGGCUGGUCCCAGGGCCGCCUUCUGGCACAGCACACACCCCUGCUCGCCUCAGCCUCCUGAGAAGCCCCCUGGCCUGUCAUCACCACCCAGAGUCUUGUCCCCUCCUCCCACCCUUUCCAACCGGCCAUGAUGCCACCUAGGAUGCAGGCCACAGCACCAGGAGCUGGCGCUCAAGUGAUCUGCCAGCCUCCGCCUCCCUUCCUGUGCCAGUGGAGCCUGCGUUCUGUGCCCUGCCCCACCUGUCCCAGCCGUCCUCGUCUCCUUGUCCCUUCCACAUCGUUUCCUCUCCUUCCUUCAAACUCACAUCCCCUCUGCCCACCAUGGGCUGAGCCUCUGGACUCCAUGGUCCCUCUUUUUCCUCCUUCCUCUGUCAUCCACUGUCACUCCAACCCUCCUGUCCUCAUGGAAGACCGCAGCUCCCAAGCCAUCCCUUCUCUCCGCCUUAUUCUUGACACCAUCCUGGCUGGUGUCUGCAGUCACACGGACUACACAGUACUUUGUCCCCAGCUCUCCUCCUGGUGCCCACAGCCUCUGCUUCUGCACCGCCAUCCGGGUCAUGCUGGGCCCCUUCUCCUGCCCGAUCCGCGCACCUCUUCUCUUCUUUUGUGCUCUCUGAUGCGGCUACUCCACCUGACAGGGCCACCUGGGACAUGGGUGGUUCCAUCUCAUUCCAAAUCCAUGUCCCAAGCCUCCAAAGAACUGGGACCCUGUGCAGCAGCCCCUUCUCCCACCACUUUCCUGAGAUCACAAGUCAUCAAAAAAGAAAAACCUAUGCAUAUAGUACCCAUCUUUUCACCUAGAAAUAAAGCUACAUUUAUUAUACGUUUUGGUGCACUUUGCACAAGAAAAUAGAAUGCUUUAUUUUUGGAAGUAAGAAUUACUGAUGAGCAACCAUAAAUAGUUUUUAAAAGUAGACCUUUUAAAUUAUAUCGCAUUUUAUAAAAAUGUUACUAAGUAUAUGAUGAGAAAUUACCAAUAAAUAUCUUUAUCUGUUUCCA